AUGGCCCCGCUCUCGAUUCGUUCCACGAUCAAGCUGAACAGCGGCUACGAGCUGCCCCUGCUGGGCUUUGGUCUCUACCGGACGCCCCCCGCCGAAACGGAAGACGUCGUCCUCAAGGCCUUCGCCGCCGGCUACCGCCACAUCGACUCGGCGGCCGCCUACCGCAACGAAGCCGGCGCCGGCGCUGCCGUCCGCAACAGCGGCAUCCCGCGCAGCGAGCUCUUUUUCACGACAAAAGUGCCGUACAAGAAGAUAUCCUACGAGGGCGCCAAGAAACAGGUCGCCGAUUCGCUCGCGCUGUCGGGCCUCGACUACAUUGACCUGGUCCUGCUGCACGCACCGUACGGCGGCUCGGAGGCGCGCAAGGGCGCAUGGCGUGCCUUGGUGGAGGCCGUGGAGGCCGGCCACGUGCGGUCCAUUGGCGUCAGCAACUACGGCGUGCACCACCUCGAGGAGCUCUUGGUCCACAUCAAGGAGCUGGAGGAGGAGCGGGGCGGCCCCGGCAAGGGCGGCAUCCUCAGCGUCGGCCAGUGGGAGAUCCACCCGUGGGUGGCGCGCCGCGACAUUGUCGACUGGAGCGCCAAGCACAACGUGGCCGUCCAGGCGUACAGCCCGCUGGUGCGCGGCGACCGCUGGGGCGAGGCCGCCCUCACGAGCCUGGCGGACAAGUACAAGGUGUCUGAGGCGCAGGUGCUGAUCCGGUGGAGCCUGCAAAAGGGUCACGUCCCGCUGCCCAAGAGCGCCAACCCGAGCCGGAUCAAGUCCAAUGCAGACGUCUACGGCUUUGAGCUGACGGCCGACGAGGUGGCGGCGCUGGAGACGACAGAGUACGAGCCGGUGUGCUGGGACCCGACCGUGGCGCCGCUGGAUGAGUAG